CUCAACCAAUUGCUAAGAGGGAGCGAUCCGAAUUGGGUAAUCGGUUUGUCACGAUCAUCGUCAUGAUUACCAUGUUGUGUGGCUACCUCCGCCUCUACUCUGGUUGUCAAGAUGAAUGGGAACGAAGAUAUGUUGUACUUGGCUGCUCACAUGAUGGCUGGCGCCCUCAUCCUGAGGAGGCUUAUCUACUCUUAAGAGAUCUUUGUACUGAGUUCAUCUGCUAAUCGAAUGGCCUUAGCUACUUUAUUGGGGACUUUAUCACUUUCGACAACGGCUGCAAACGGAUGUUGUUAUUUUUCUGUACAAAAAAAAAUCGGCAGGAAGAAAUGUAGGGUCUGAUGCAGGAAAUUUUGUAUACCUAAUGAUUCAUUUACUGUAGGAGCAAAACAAAUGUCGCUUUUGAGUUUUUGUACAUCUAAAUCACUUGCAUGCUCUUUUGGAAUGAGUUUCCUAAGUACUCAAACAACUAUGCAAUUAAGUAGAGGAGAAGUGUCACUACAUUAUGUAAAGACUUGUUGAUCAUGCAUACUUUACACUAAGAACAACGACUGAAGCAAAAAAAUAUGAAGUAACGGAAUGCGUCUGGUGCUUCACGAAACAGACAACAUGAAGUAGGAGAACAACAGUGGACUCAUAUGGACUGCAGCAAUGUCGAACAGUGUCGAAGUCACAAGAAGAGUGCGGAACUGCCGUGGCCUCUUGCCUCUAGAUGUGGAGUGGUCGUAUUUCAAGUCUUCUUGAUAUGUUCUUCGGUUCUGAAAUGGACCGUUGUCGCUUAGAUAGUUGUUUUGGAAUGUUUUCUGUUGUCGCUUACAAAAAAUGUUGUGUACAGGUAUCAGGACAAGCGGUUUGCUCAGGAGAUUGCGCCGCGCGUCUACUUGGGACCUUACUCUGCCGCCUGUCAAGAGGACCAUCUACGCGAACUCGGUAUCACGCAUGUGAUAAUUUUUCGAGCGCCCGAGGAGGAACGGAUCGUCCGGCCUCGUUUUGAGUCAUGGAUUCGAUACGAAAUCAUAGAAGCUCGCGACACGGUGAAUCAAAGCUUGAUACCGCUGUUUCCGAAGGUGCGCGAAGCCGUAGACACCGUGCUCGCUGCAGAUCCAGGGAAUCGAAUUCUACUCCAAGGCACAGUGGGCAUGUCGCGGUCAGCCGCGUUUGCGAUAGCAUAUGUACUUACUACUACAACUUGCUCAUGUGAGAACGCUUAGAAAAUUAGUACAUGAAAACACGACUUUGCUUUUUGAGACAUCUUUGUAUUGAUGAGCUCUAGAAGACCUGAUCGUGAUGAUUCAUUUGUUGUGUAUACGCUUUUACAGGUGAUGGAGAAGUUUGCGCUUGACUGGGAAGCAGCCAUUUACUACGUGUCCCAGCGGCGGCACUGCGUAGCGCUCAAUGAGAACUUCAGGUGGCAAUUGCGAGAGUAUGACCUGAUAUGGAAGACGAGGCAGCGUGCUUCUAACGUUGGCAUAGGAAGUGGGGGAAUGUCACGCAAGCGCCCACUAGAGGAUGAUACCCACGAAUACGAAAGGAAUCAUGCGCCUGCGCCAGUACUCGCACGAAAUAACGCUGCACCCUACGCGGGUGAUGCAUGUAAUGGCGACGUCGCCAUGGACAACGGCUGAAGUAGUUCCUUUGUAAAGAGCACGCGAGAAAAUACGAAUUCAGGUCUGCAUGCCCUACACACUACAUACACAUCCUUUUCUAGAAUUCAGCAACAUAUAGUCCCGGUUAGGUACGCUCCCCCUACUCUACGCAAUUUGUCAUAGUGUUUUUUGUCAACCCCCCUAUUUUUUCUAGGAUCCAGCCCAAUGUUUCGCCCUUAUGUUAUUCAUAGAAGCACGCCACCAGUAGCCAGCCUUGCGCACAAAGUUCUUGUAUCGUUUUCUUCACAGUUCUACUUCUAAAAAAAACACCGCAAAGUCACCACCUGUAUGGUGAAAGGGAGUCAAACAGAAGACGAUGCCACGUCUGUAACACGUCGAUUGAUACUAG